UUCUUAUACACUAACGCGAGCUAACCUACACCUCCAUUCAUCCUCGCCGCCGAAGGGAAGGGAAGGCAGUGCGGGCAGUGGGUGGCGUUCGCCGCGACGAAGAUGAGUGAAGAUCGGAUUUAGGCGUGUUUUUAUAUCGAAUUUACCUCAGAAUUAGCGUUAUUUUUAAUAAGAACCAAAUGACAGCGUAAAAAACAGCAAAAAUCGCAGCGCUCGCGCUUCCCGCCUGUUCGGCCACAGUCUCGGCGCUCGCGCGGCCCCCGUCUUCACGGUUCAAAUUUUAACGGCUUUUUUAAAACAGCGUUAGCCUUCAGCUAGCUCUUAUAACCCACAGAUUCGCCCCAGAAACAGGAGAUUUUGACGUUUUCCACCCUUCUUGUUCGCGUCUUCAGCUCACCAGGACGUUUCCACAGGAGAAGGGGCUGCUUCGGGUCGUUCCUGCGGUGGGGUUUGGCCGUGGUUCGCUGUGAGGAUGAUGCCGCCGCACAUGAGAUUUCGGAGAAGGUCAUUUCUCGGGCUGCUGUUCCUCUUCUCCCUGUCCACCUCAGCGCUUUACUUCAUCUACUCAGCGCCUGGAAUAGUGAAUGAGUACCUGUUCAUGGUGCAGGCCCGAGGGAUGAGGAUCCGGGAGAACAUGAGAAACAUUGGAGCUCAGGUUUUGGAGCAGGUGGUGAGAAGUGCCUACAGCAUCAACGGAACAGACUAUCCGUACGAUUUUAACCUGAGCGAAACAGCCGCUCCCCCGACUCCGUACCUUCCAGAAGGAUUUACUUACCUGCCCAGUGACUUCUGCCCUGAGAAACUGCCCGGCAUGAAGGGACGCCUGCAGGUGAAUAUGAGUGAGAUAGCGCUGGAGGAGGUGGAGAGAGACCUGCGGCAGGCUGACGCUAGCCUUCGCCUCGGCGGCCAUUGGAAGCCUCAGGACUGCAUUCCCCGCUGGAAGGUGGCUAUCUUGGUGCCUUUCCGAAAUCGUCACGAGCAUCUCCCCAUCCUCUUCCGGCACCUCAUCCCAGUGCUGCAGAGACAGAGGCUCCAGUUUGGAUUCUACGUUGUUGAACAGGCCGGAGACGAGCCCUUCAAUCGCGCCAUGCUCUUCAACGUGGGCUUCAAAGAGGCUAUGAAGGACCUGCAUUGGGACUGUGUAAUAUUCCAUGACGUCGACCACAUUCUAGAGAACGACCGUAACUACUACGGCUGCAGCGAUAUGCCACGCCACUUCGCUGUCAAGCUUAACAAGUACUCGUACAUGCUGCCGUAUGAUGAAUUUUUCGGUGGUGUCAGUGGCCUCACUGCCGAGCAGUUUCAGAAGAUAAAUGGAUUUCCAAAUGCAUUCUGGGGCUGGGGAGGAGAGGACGAUGACCUCUGGAACAGGGUUCAGUAUGCUGGCUACACUGUGAGUCGACCUUCAGGAGACAUUGGACGCUACAUGUCUAUUCCCCACCACCACAGAGGAGAGGUCCAGUUUCUGGGAAGGUACACGUUACUCCGCCACUCGAAGGAACGCCAGAGGCUGGACGGCCUGAACAACUUGCACUACUCGCCUCAAGUGGCCCGAAAGAACCUCUACACCAACAUAUCUGUGGCUUUGAGCCGAGACAUGGCCCCUGUCGUGGACUAUUAACGACCACCACCAUCACUUCCUACCGUUCACUCUGGAGCAGAGAGCAGGACACGAAUCACGCUAUCACCUAGCAUGGCCAGAUCGCCUUUCAGGACUCGUAAUCUUCUCGCUGCUCCCUCCCGACCUCUGCGGAACAUUUCAUUUAAUUUCUUUCUCCUCUUUCUUUCGUUUUGAGCUUUUAUUUUUAAAAUCUCAUUUCACACGUUUUUUUUUUUCUAGGCUAAGAUUGAGGAGGAACUUUUUGUGGUCUUUCGUUUUUUAAAUUUCAUCACACUUCUUUGGGUACCAGGUCUCCGUCCGCCUUUUCACGACACCAUUUCGGCCUUUCGCUCGUGCAACUGCUUCGUUUGUUUGUUUGUGCGUACGUUCGUUUAGUCGCUCCUUUCCCUCACUUGUUUGCUACAUGGAUAGGCUGAAGCUCGCCUGCUCGGACUCUCGGCCCAAGCCUAACCUCUCUGCUGACCAAACCGGACACCAACCAACCGGAGCAACGAGUGACGGGUGUCUUCUUCUUACCAGUCCACAGCGAGAGUGGAGUCACGUGUUUACAAUGGGAAUGAGUUAGCAGCUAUCCAGCGCAACACGACGACAACAACAAGCAUGGCGCUCAAUGCGGAUAGAUUAUUAUUAGCGGCCGCCACAGAAGAAUGCCUCGUUCCUUCAUCCAGAAAAAGGCGCAGCGGGUUCUGUGCAAUAGAAUAUAUACAAACAUGCACUGAUUUAAGUGGGAUAGAGACAUGGGAGGGAUCAUAUGUGUCACAGAAACAUGUUGUGAGUCUGUUUGAGUGAGUGUGUCGCGUGUGCAUAGAACUUCUUCUUCUUUUUUUUUUUUUUUGCAUGUCCAUUUCCAGUAUGUAGGUAAUAACUCAUUCAGAACUCAAAAUCUCUCAGCCAAAACUCGGAACACCUUGGGGACCAGUCAGACUGGUUCAUCAGUGGUUUAAUGGAAUGAUGGAGCAAUGCACAAGUGAGUGUAGGCAGUCUGUUUAUACCCUCAGGGGACGACAUGAAGAAGUCUUUCCUUUUGACAGUUUGCAUUUCAUUCAUCAGCAUGGUUCUCUCACCUGGGAGGGGCGGGGUUUGAUGUUUAGCACUGGAAAAAAAGCUAAUGCCAUGCUAGAAUGCACUAAAAUAAAAAAAGCUGAAGGCAGUAGACUAUGCAAACCUCUGACAUACGUAUCUACUGGAAAUCCCAUAGGAGAGAUUUGAAAACAGCUUGUAUCGUAACUCCGUGCAGUUCUUGUGCUCUGUAUGUACUAAAUGUAUUGGCUGUGUGUAUGUGUGAGGUAAGAGAUGAGAGAGAUAUGCAAAAUAGCAACAGAAUUGUGGAGUUGAAGGCUGCCCAUGUCCUCUGAAAGUGUUUAAGCUCUAUCCUGUCUGGAUUAAAAGAAUACGUCACCCAACAAACUAAAGCUGAUAGCCUGUUGGACGAAUACAAACAUUAUAACCACUAGCCACCAGUAUAGUUCACUCGUUAUUGGCCAAUAUUUACAUAUUUUUAGGCGUUUUAUUUGGAUAGCAUGGGCUGAAUGCAUCCAUAUUAAACAACCACUAGCCACAAGGAAGUUUGUUGUACGUCUAAAAAUAUAAAAAAAUCUAUAAAAAGGUUCACUUAAAGCUACUAUUGACCUACUGCGACCAUGCUAAACCACUAUCGACAGCUAGGUUUUAUUUUUUAUUGUUAGCCAGAUUAGUAAUUUUAGUAUUUCCUGUUUAACUGUUUUAUGACAUAAACAACAUAAAAUCUAAUGUUGCCCACCUAGAACCGUGUUGUCAAUAAUAUCUUUUGCUAAAUGCAAGCUAAAUUAUGCUUUUUAGCUGCACUGUUCACGUACUGAAAAGCUUAAAUGUGUUGAGUACAGGUUACAAUUGGCCAAAUACUAGCUACUAAUAUCUUCUUUUCAUCACUAGGUAGGUUGCACUUUCCGGCUGAGCUAAACACUUUCUUGUAUUUGUUUUUACUUAAUUUACUCUUUAGGGGGAACUGUUUACCUAAAACUACUGAAACAGUCAUUACAUACGAAGUUAAGAUUUGUGUUGACCACUAGCUACCAGGUUAUGUAUCACUUAGGAACUUGAUGAGUUAAAGUAAAGGACAGACAUUGCUAAAAGGAACUUUAUACAGCUUUUAAGGGUUCUUUUGGGUUAAAAAUGCAUACUAGCUAACAAUAGCUUUUAUUAAUCAUUAGCCAGGUUAGUAUUGAAAAAAAAAACUGUAAAUUAUUCAGUAAAGGCUAAUUUUACCCUACCAUUAGGCACCACUAGCCAUUAGCCAUGCUAAUCUUUAGCUACACAAGCUUCUAUUUAGCUAGAUUCAUAUUAAAAUUACCCUACCAUUUAUUUUCAUUUUGUUUUCUACUCUGCUACACAAAAAGUACAUCAAUUUGGUCAAUUCUGAGUGAGCUGAGACUGGUGCCUGCCAAAUACGACCAUGCUAACCACUAGCCAGAGCCAGCUUUCAGGUUUAUUUGGUGACGUAUUGUUUAAGUGAAGACUGAAACCUGGAGUUUCAAAACUAAAGUUGCGACAACACCCUUUUUUCUGUGGGUUAAGCAACCAGCUAUACAUUUCUGUACAGUGAUGUUUACACAGUGACGUCUAUGAUGUUUAAACCACCUUGGCUUCACACUGCUAGCUCAAUGUUAUCUCGAUGUUGUGGAAGUGUUUCCAGGCUCUGCGCGCUGUCGUAACUUGGCCAGUGUAGGAGGCACACAGGUUAGCGGCUCCUGUGACGCCUCUGAUGAAGUCAGUACAGCGAAAACGAAUGGAAGCGCUCGUUUCUGGGCACAAAACCAGGAGGAGUUGGCAGCGGCUUCCGCCUGAUUGAGGAGAGUUGGACAGGGACGGGCAGUAGAGCUGCAGAAGCUGCUAGAACAGGGGUAGGAAUAUGUCUUAGCAGUAUGCUGUAGUGGUUUAAUGGAGGACCAUUUCAAACAUACACAUAUGAACAUGUAUACACAUACACUAUAUGGACAAGCGUAUUGUGACAGCUGCUUAUUUAUUUAGGCAUCAGGCAUGUUUAGGUUUGUUUAUUGGCUCUAGAGAGUCCUAUUCUAUUGGCAGUACUUUUUUACUUUUUAGGGACUAGAAAAGCUGCAUUAAAUUAAAGCCAAUUAAAGUGGCUGAAUGCUGGAUUAUUAGAAGGGGUGUCCACAAACAUUUGACAUGUAAUACAUAUAGUGUGUGUGUAUAUAUAAAAAAAAUAAGCAAGUGAAAUUCUCUUAAAUCUAUUAAAUCUAUCAAUCUAAACAUUAAUAUCUCAAUUGUUUACACGAAUAUAUGAAUAUUAUUACAAAUAUAAUUCUGCUUAUUUUAAGUAUACUUGUUUUAUCUACUAAAAGUAUCUCCUCUAGUAUUUCUAGUAUUCUGCUAUUCAUUUUCUUUUUUUUUUUUUUUUUCUUUUUUUUUGGACAAAAGCUUUGCUAAAUUCAGUAUAAUAAAGCUCUUUUAGAAGCUAAAACAAGCAAAUAAACAAAUAAGUUAGACAUUAUUAUUAUAAUAUUACUACAAUACUCUCAAAAAUCUGAAAUAGUAGAAAAAAGUUAAUUUUUUAAUUAUUUUUAUUAUUUUUAUUUUCUUUUUUUAUUGGUGUGAAUCAGCUGUUAAAAUGUUGCGUACAAAAAAAGUUGCUACCAUAUCAGUUAUUAAUGUACUUUUUAAACUCUUGAUUUUUGUAGUUAGUCAAACACAGUAAUAUUACCGUGAUCUGAAUUAGGUAAACAGCCCGCUCUUAAGUUGCACGAGUGUUUGUGUGUGUGUGUGUGUGUGUUUGCCUAGGUUACAUAAUACCCCUUACAGUGCACAGGGAAGUCAAUAUCCCAGAGCUCACAACCUCGUCUUGAUCUGCAGUGUGUGUGUGUGUUUAUACACAGUAGACCCUCGCUCGCCCGAUCAGCCGGUGCCUCUAGCUCUACCUCUACACCAGUGUAAACUAAUUGUGGCCAUAAUUGAAGGCAUUUGUAAUGAUCCAUUAGAGGCUGUACAGGACAUUUGUUUGAUCACAACUCGGACAAAGAGCCUGCAGAUGAAGCUAGGCUGCAGGGCACACACACGCACACACACACACACUUAUAUGCACAAAAAUCACACACAGUAACCUGAUGUAACGCUUUAACCCAGUUCACUUCACUUCUUCAUGAUCUCACUGUGGCACUCCGUCACACACAGUCACUACACACAGGUUUCCUGACUUAUCGUACAUUGACCUGACAUGUUGCAGGUGUAGUAGAAGUAGUAGUGUCAGUAUGUUUGUGUGUGUGUGCACGUGUGUGUGUACACGUUUUUGUUGCCUUUGUGAGGGCCAGGGGCAUCAUCUACUAAAGUUGUGUACAUAGAAAUAUAUUGCAUAGGCCAUAUUUUAAGCUAACGGUCAGAGGUACUAAAUGUGAGUGUGGGAAUGUGCGUUCCACUACGCAAGUUUAAUUUUUCGUGCUUAAUCGACAUCACACUAGGAGUGUACCUAUCUACUGUACCGACUCAGAGAGAGCAAGGCCAAUUGUGCUCUCUCAGGGCUCCGGCAGCUGAUGGCAAGCUGCAUGACCGGGAUUCGAAUCAGCGCAUAUAUUUUUGAGCAUAUGAAACUUUUCAGAUCUCAUCGUACGCAAUAUUUUAGUAGGAAUUGCACGCAAGGAUUAGUACAUGAAGCCCCAGAUGUCCUCACAAGCACAGUGGUGUAUCAUAAUUUGUCGAGGUUUUUUAAACACUAUCAGUCAAAAGUUGGGCACACCUUUUCUCAUUCAGUGUGUUUUUUUAAUGAUUUAUUUAAAUCGUAAAUUUUAAUAUUGAAAACUAAAUUAAAGCUCUACAGGAACACGUGCUGAAUUAUAAUUUAUUCUGUAAGCAAAAAAAAGUGUUAAACGAAGCUUAAGAUUCUUUUUCGGACAGAUCUGCAGACUCCUGGUAUUUUAAUCUCAGUGUCUUCAUGAGGGAGAGUCACCUCAUGAAGACAUGAAGAGUUUUCUCAGCAUCUUGAAGGAAGGAGUUUCUGGAGGUGCUGAACAAUAGUUGCUGCUUUUCAAUUAAAUCACCCCAAAUCACCAUCUCAGUUCAUCAGGUUUAGAUCAGGGGAUUAAUGUGGAGGAAAAACACUUAGCUGUUUUCACAGUCAUAUUUCUUAUUAAUUAUUAAUUUACAAUUUAGAAAAUAAAUUAAGUAAAGAUAAAAUAAAAGAAGAACAUGAGUUGAAUGAGAAGGUAUGUCCAAAUGUUUAACUGGUACUGUAUAUUUAUAAUUAGCUUUAGUUGUUAGUACAUGUGGGAGGACCUCACUUCAUAAGAAUAGCAAAACCAACGUGUGUAUGUGUGCGUCUGUGUGUGUUUGUGUGUGUGUGUGUGUGUGUGUGUAAACAUUCAUUCAUAUCCAUUAUCCAUAUCCAUUUAUUCAAGAGGCUGGUCCUCUUGUAUUUAUUGUUUUGUGAACAUACUGUUUUUGGGUUGUUUUCCUGUGAUUUGUUUAAUUUUUAAUUUAAUUUUGUUUGUUUGUUUGUAAUUGCGUAGAUCGGAAAAGAUCAACUACUGUAAAACGAAUGAGUGAAGCUGAGAAGUUUAAAAAAAACGAACUAACUAAACAAAAUAAAGCAAAAAAAAAAAAAAAAGCAAGCGCACUGAAACUGACACGAGCAUGUACGGCCCGGUCGUGUUUUUGGAGAUGAGCCGUGCUGUAUCUGCCGUUUAUCCGAAUGGAGAGCCAUUUUUAUAUGAGGACGCCCCAAAAUGAGGCCGAGCGAGGAAGACUGUUUGUUAGCAGCGACUCGUUUGCGUUCUCUUCCUUCCCGAGACCCUGUCCACCCCGUUUAGAUAAUUGAUAAUCGAUAAUCAAUGGUGCUGACCUCAAAGACAUGAGUAUUGUGAGUAUUGGUUGCUGCUUCCCCCGUUCUGUGACUGAUCAUUACGCUAUAUUUAGCUGGCUCACAUUUGGCUCCAUUUCCAUGCUUCUGUUCUCCUCGCGAUGCAGAGGCGCGUAAUCUAAUCACAGGGCCAAAUAUGCUGAAGGUGGUGCAGCGGGAGGUUUGAUGCCAAGCAAAUUACAGUCUUCUCUCCUCGCCUCGGCGUCUGACGGAAAUGGUUCGAACACGCCAAAAAGCCUGGAGGGGGGGCAUCUCUAUCUCUGUGUUUCGCCUGUAGUCGUGUUGCGUCACGCUAGAAAUAGUAGUAGUGAUCACCAUAUAGAACCAGCUGCUCUGCUCUGAUUGCUGACACGUAAAUCAUGAUCAACGCUGCAAAUUAAAGAAAAAAAAAGUGUAUUAAGAAAACAAAAAAAGAAACAAGAAAUGCUGGUUCAGAUUUAAAACAAGCCUAAAAAUAAGCAGAAGAACUGGUCUAAUCAGAUCAGGCCUAACUGCUAACUGCUGAAAACAAAGGAGAUCGGAUUCAGAAAAGUUUCAGUUAAAAGAAGAAGACAAAUAAAAACCCUAAGAAGUUCUCAAGUAUUCUCUUAACCCUGUAGACAGUAAUAAUGUAAUGCACACUCCUUCACUUUCAUAACUAGAUUGCUCUCCUAAUUCUCCUAAAACUAAUUUAUUAGUUUUUAUAGGCCCUAAAAUCGAACCUUGAGGGACUCCACAACAACAUAUAACACAACACGUUUCUGCAUUAAAAUGAUUAACCAAAUAAUGAAUCUAGUUUUGGUUGGUACAAGGCGUUAAAAAAUAUAAACAUACAUACAACUAUAAAUAAUUAAACAAACUAUGCAUUGAAAAACUAUGUGAGUGGCGUGAUGCCAGAAAGCCAUAAUGCAGAAAUUGUGUAGGACAGUACUUUAACAACAUAAAAACUCAUAUAUUGGACAUUAAUUCUGUAAUUUAACAAUUAAAACCAAUCAUUUUGAAGGUAGCCUGAUUCACAAAAAAACAUUAGAAAUAUUUUAAGAAGAAAUACAUUUUUUUUUAUUGUUUUCUUAUUUAGGCUAUUUGUAGUAUAGUCUUAGUCAUUUAUGCUGCAUUGCAUAGUUUAUCAUAAUCAAUGCUAAAUACCAGUAAAUAAUCUUAUAUAGACAAAAUUAUAUAGACACAUUUCCACUUUAAAUCCUUUUAAAUCAGACUUUUUAAAUUAAUCUUGUGUGGACAAAGCAAAGCUGAGGCUCUUUUAAGGUUAAGAUAAUAUUCACAAACUGAGAAUUUUCGAGAAUGCCUGUUAAGAAAAAUGAGGAAAUUCAUGAGGAGAUUUUUCGAAAAAUACUAAAAAAGGUUAUGAAAAAUAUGACAAAAAAAGAAACAUUUAAGAUACAUUUAUUUCUGUACUUUUGUGAAUUCAGGCCCUAAACACUACAAGGCGAUAGUUAGGGCGACACAAAAAAAGGGUUUCUUAAAAUUUAAGAUAAAUAAAUACAAAUACAAAUUGAUUUUUUUAUAAAAUUCUAACAUUAUAAUUGAUAUUAAGUAAUAAGAUCAGAACAAUCUCUUUCCCAUGACACAUUUCUGAAUCCGAUCUCUGUUCAUCUGAUAGAGUAGCUUGAUUUUAUCCAGUCCCGUCCGGUGUAUAGACCCCCCUCUCCGCCCCAUUGGCUAAUCUCCAUUCUACCAGAGCCAUGUUCUAUAUAUAUAAAUAUAAAUAUAUAUUCAUUCUGGUCCAUUCUGUGUGACAGGGAGGAACAUGCAGUUCCCCCUCGAAUGAAUGGCAGCCUUAAAAAAGUUUCAAUUUAUUCAAUAUUAUUACACAUUUGUUUUAUUUUUUAUAGUCAGAUCUAUUUAAAAUACAUAUGUAUGAAAGUCCACUUGUACAUAGUGUUUAGUGUAUUCUAGGAGUUAAGAGUUAAAAAAAAAUAAAUAAACAAAAAACAGAAAGGUCUUACCAAUCAUUACAGAAGCUCGAAUAAUAUUGAACAAAAAUUCGGAGCCGUUUACCAGAGGUUGAUUUGGUGCCAUUUGUGUUUUUUUAUUUUAUUUUUUUAUUUUUUUAAUGUCCAAAAUUUCAAAACAUAAUUAUAGCUAAAAGUGAGUUAAGAGCAGAGAGAGAACCUUGAGAUGACCUUCAGACAUUAAAUUUAUAACCCGUUAAACAGAAUGUGGGAGGUUCUGAAUUAGAAGUGACUCUGCCUGCCAAAAAUUGUAUGGUUUUAUUUGAUGUUUUUUCUUAUUUUUCUUAUUUCCUGGCCAACCAAACCAACACUGUAAUAAUCACAUCCGAAUUCUACAUUCUUUUAAGUGUCUUUAUAUGAAUCCAAAAGAUAUGUACAAAAGAAAAUACUAAAAAUAAUAAGUAAUAAAUGCUAUAAAUCCUCUGUGAUUGUAAGGAGAUGGUCUCUCCUUGAUCUAAAGCCAUCUGCCACUGUAUCAUUUGUCUCGGCCUUACGUGUUCGUGUUAUAUGCUUGGAGUAUAGAUGACGAUUUGUAUGAUGUGAGAAUUUUUUUUAAAUUGAUUAUUGUUAAAAUUGCAGAAAUACAAAAAUAAAAGAGACAUAACAGUG